UUUUUACGCAUGCGCGUGAGCCCCCCUUUGUACGAACAUCGCUACUAUACUACUGGUGUGCAGGAUCAGUAGCUGUGGAUAGUGAGGACUCAAAGAGGGAUCAAGCUGGAGGAUAGGUGUAGAAAGAAGUCUCGUCACGCUGGUCGCUUCUCUUUGCUUGCUAACCUGCACUUCAGCCCAAGAUUCAACCAGUAUCUCGAGGAGGAGGGCAAACUUGUGUGUGACAGUCAUUGUCACUACAGAGGAGGCCCGCCUGCACCUGCACCAGUGAGCAGGACCUCAUUCUGUGGAGAGUUGCUCACGGGCAGGAUAGCUGAGACCAUGGUUGAGGUGAAUGGAGUACAGGUCAACACCACAACCAUACCGGGAGAAGGCUACAGCUCUACCAUUGUCUUCACUCCAACCUUCCAUGGCUGAUGGCUCAGAGAUAGAGGUGGCCUGUCUGGUACAGAGAGAACUGUUCCAGAUCAUUGAGGGCUGACACAGGACCCUCGUGGUGUUCAGUGAGUUACACCACUGGAAAGGUGUGGAGGGGCUGUAGCUGAGCCCAGCUCCAGAUGAGCAAACAGAUGAGAGUACAGCUUCAUAUCGCAAGUUCUAGUUGGAAGAGACGGACCUUUCCCCACACAUUUUACAUUGGGGUGGUAACAAAGAAGGAUCUUAGUAAUAAGACAAUCUCCAUCUGAUGAUGCACCCUAACAUACAGAUUCCUGGAAUGUCUGCCAGUCUCUCUCGGGCACUGGCUCAAUGACUGGAAUUUGAGCCUUCAGCUCCCCUACCAUUGAGAGAGUGGCCCUACCUCUUAGUCCCAAUGUGGAGAGAAUAAUGCACGAGCCACACCCAUUGUGGUAGAAGAUGAAAUUCUGAUAGAGUUGGUCUUUGAGGGUGUGGCCCUCAAACCUCUCGUCCCUGAUUUCACCAUUGCCAACUACUCCAUCAUCAUCAGUUGCCUUGCCAGUUUUGGAUGUCGCCCUCUGACACUCUUGACCAGUGAAGUCCAGAGUGCCAGUAUGUUGUUCCUGAGCACCACAGUUUCCUUGACAUUUAUCAUCUCCCUCCUGUCCCUAUUCUUAUCCUCUCUUCUGCAUGCUCUAAUGACAGACAUGGUGGAGAAAUCAACACUCUCCAAUUCUGAGAUAGCAGCCAUCAUCAUAGUAGUUCUAUAUAGUGCUGUUCAUUCUCCUGGUCCUGACCCUCUGUGGCAUCGCCUUGUGGAAGAGACAGACUCUUCUGAAGAAGAGGAGUUGAGUAACUGGAGCCCCACUCUCUUGUGGCUGGGAUUUUCAUUCUUCUUUACUGGAAUAGCCCUUGCAAUUGGUGGGAGCAUUUCUGUUCACCAGAGAGUCAAGAAAUAUGGAGCGGUUGUGAAGAAGUGGUACUGGGGUUUGCGGGCUUUCUUUAUAUUCUUCACCGUCGCGGCCGUACCUCUGUGGCUGGCCCUGCUGGGAUACACCGUCAGUAAUGAUUUCUCUGAAGACGAUGGUGAUCUGAGAGGGAGCGACUCGUCCUGCCAGUCUCCCAGUGGGAAGACAAAUGUGAGGGACGGCAUUCUGAUUGCCGUCUUCGUCCUCAGCAAUCUGGUCAAUCUGACGGGGAACCUCCUCUUGGGAUUAGGAUACUGCGGACUCCAGUACUUUGAAUCUGACGGGACUCCAAUACCUACCAGAUGUUGUUGUUGUGGCAAGAACAAGUGUCGUCAAGGUUGUGGUCCUCCUAGUGUAGGCAACAAAAUCCCUCUCAAGGAGGAGAUCUAAGCGUGACACUCGGCACUAUCGAUGGCUGGUGAGUGCCAAGUUGCUGCCAAUUUGAUAUAAUUUUGAAAGACACUGUACUAUAUACCUUCAUACACAGUACUCUAACCUUAUACUUUGCAGUGCUUAUGUAAACUUGUUGUAGACUUGUGUCUACCAUAAAAUUAUUAUUGUUAUAUAGGAGUAUUAUCUAAGCAUAGAGCC